CAGCAGGCAGUGCCGGGCUGCAAGAGCAAGAAGGCCGGAUGUUGUCGAGACCAAAGCCUGGGGAGUCCGAGGCAGACCUGCUGCACUUUCAAAACCAGUUCCUGGCAGCCAGAGCUUCACCUGCAGUGAAGAUUGUGAAGAAAGCAGACAAGAGGAAGGGGGAAGAAGGGAACACAAAUGCUGAGAGACCCCUGCUGCAGGACAGCAAGGAUGUAGUCAUGUUGGAUGAUUUUCCUGAUAUUCUCCCAGCUCUAACUCCAGCUCCUCCAAAAAAGUCCAAGAUCAAAAGUGCCUGUGUUCACUUUGAGGAUGAAGAUCCAGAGGAAAGACUGGACAGUCAUGAUCAACACAUUACAGCAGUUUUCAGCAGAAUUAUUGAACGAGACACGAGUGCGGUAGCAGUGACCAUGCCAGUGCCCACAGGGCACCCGUUUCCAAGGACGUUUCACCGCUCUGAGAUAAAAAGUGAUGUGAAGGUGGGAUCUGGAAGAAAAAGCAUCUUUGCACAGAAGAUGGCAGCGAGAAGAGCUGCUGAAAAGGCAGCAACGGCUCCCUCUGCUGCCGAGUGCGUGCAAAUAGGAUCAGCUGCUCCGGAUGCCCUGAAUCCUGAGGGAUCAGCAGGAGACACACACCUCUCCGGCAUCAGGGACGAUAAAGCUGGUGACGUUUUGACCUCUCAGCGGCCUUGUCUUAUAACGGGAGAGGGUCUUGGAAGCCAAAAGAGUGAGCAGGAAGCUCAAGCGAUUCACAGAGAGAACUUGGAGAAGCUGCAGUCCAUGUCUGAGGAAGAGAUCCUCCAGGAGCAGGAAAGGCUUCUGGCUCAGCUGGAUUCCAGUUUAGUUGCUUUCUUAAAGUCACGACGUGGUGGCAAUGAAGGCCAGAAAAAGGAAUUUAAAAUGGAACAGAACAGACUGGAGGAGUUUGUGGAAUCUCUGCCUGUGGCUCAGCAUGGUGUAGGAUCGUGUCUUUCCGUGCAGGAGCCGGGUCUGGAAGAAUCUGUAAGGAAGGAAGAAAGUAUGAAGGUGGAAAUCACAGAUGAUGAUCUGCCUGUGAAGCCUAAGAAGGAAUGGAUUCACAUGGACAAUGUGGAGUUUGAGAAGCUGGAAUGGACGAAAGAUUUGCCCUCACCCCGGCAGAAGAAAACCAGAAAGGGAAUGCAAGCUCGAUUCAGUUUAAAAGGAGAAUUGAUUCCUGCAGAUGCUGAUUUACCGACACAUCUAGGCCUUCAUCACCAUGGAGAAGAGGCAGAGAGGGCUGGUUAUUCUCUCCAAGAGCUCUUUCAUUUGUCUCGCAGCCAAGUUAUUCAACAGAGGACACUGGCUCUACAGGUCUUGGGUCGUAUUGUUCAAAAGGCCAGGGCUGGAGAGUUUACUUCCUCCUUGAAGGGCAGCAUUCUGUGUCUGCUGCUUGAUGCUGGGUUUCUCUUCUUGCUGCGCUUCUCGCUGGAUGAUACAGUGGAUAAUGUCAUGGCAGCAUCUGUUGGUGCUCUCCGGGCUCUGCUGGUGUCACUUGAUGAUGAGAAAUACCUUGAUUGGACUUUCUCAUGGUACCAAGGGAUGGCUGCAUUCCCCUUUGUCCCCAGCAAUGAGGAGGAAGAGGAGGGUGAAGAGGAAGAAUUAAAUGGAACAGAGAAGCCUCAAGAUAAAAAAUUAAAGGAUGUAAAUAAGCCAGAUCCAGAUGUGGCCCGAUAUGAUGUUGUAAAGGGACUUUUGAAGACACGGAUCCAGCACCGGCUGAGGUACAUCCUGGAGGUGGUACGACCUGUUCCAACAGUAGUCCUGGAUAUACUGCACAUCCUCACCCACAUAGCAAGGCACUCCUCCGAAGCAUGCAGCCAGCUGCUUGACUGUCCUCGGUUGAUUGAGACCAUUGUCAGGGAAUUUCUCCCUACUCAAUGGGAUCCCCAAGUGGCUGAACCGGGGUGUUUACUCACCAGUCUCCAUGGAGUUGCUUGUGCCACUGCUAUGAAGUUCAUCAGAGUGUUGGCGUCUGGAGGCCGAAAUGCAACAGCCAGGCUGCUUAACAAAUUUGAAAUGAAAAGUCGGUUAAGUCGAUUUAUAGCUGAAGACCCGCUGGAUCUGCUCCUGCCAAGGGAAGAAGCCAUCAGGCUAAGCACUGAAGCCUUCCGGCUGUGGGCUGUGGCUGCUGGCUAUGGUCAGGCCUGUGAUCUCUACAGGGAUCUCUACCCUGUGCUGGUGAGGAUACUGCAAUCCCUGCCUGAGCUGCUCAGCACUUGCCGUGGAAAGAGCCCUAUGGUUGAGUUGUAUGUCCAGCGAGCUACGGCAGUUGUUACUCUGCUGAUAUGUGUGACGCAAACAGCAGGCUACGCGGCGGAGCUGCAGGCCAAGCUGAGCAGCUCAGAAGAUAGUGAACAGAUUCCACCUCCUCCAGUAGCAUGGAAUCAAGUGUCAGGCUUACAGCCCUUCCUUGAGACCAGUCUGAAAAAAUUCCUCCAGGAGAUAUCCCAGACAGAAACUUGGCAAACUCUCCAGCCUCUGACCACAACUUAUGUGAUCUACUUGGGAGUUUAUUACAGUGCUUGUAGCCAACAGCCAUCCGUCAAUCCAAUUGACUGCUUAGAGGAACUGGAACGUUUGACGUCUGAGGUGCUGCAGCCCCUUCUCAGCGAGCCAGCCAUAGACAGCAUGUGGGACUUGCUCAGGCCAUGUUCUGCUUUGUGCAACCCUCUCUCCUGUUCCCCAGCACCAGAAUCUGUCUUCAGCAUUGCAUCUCUGAGCUGUACUGGAGGCAAACUUCCUUUGAGCCUGGUUGGCUCCAAGUCACCUUUCCCCUUCCUUACUGCCCUCCUGUUUCUCAUCAAUAGCAUCACUCACGUUCACAAGGGCCUGACCAGCAAGUACAGCUCUGUGCUGGACUUCAGAGGCUUGAAGGAUUAUCUGCAGCAAAGCUGGCAGGCUGGACCUCCCUCUGUAACUCCCUCGUCUGUGUGGAUCCUGCGCCAUGAAUAUCAUCUGCAGUACUUUGUGUUAGCGUUGGCUCGGAGAAUGGCAGGCACUUGUCCGGAUUAUGCCCAGCAUGCCUCACUCCAUCACUCUGUUGCCCUGGCAUUGCUAAGCCGUCUGUUGCCAGGGAGUGAGCAUCUGGCUUAUGAGGUCCUACUGGAUCUUGCCUUUAAUCCAGAGUUUCUUCCUGAAGGGAAAGCUGGAGGGCCAGAAGCAGCUGACUUCUCUGAUAUCCUGCAUCUGGGUACCAGUGCCAAACUGGCACAGCCUGGCUCUGCAGCAGCAUUUUCUUCAAAGGCUACUCGUGGUGCCCUGCUGAGAGAAUCGUACCAAAAUCUGCCUUUCAUCCGCUCCUGCUACCUUUCUCACUUUGUCCACUUGCAGCCUACCCUUAGACGUUCCAAGGCAUCCUACCAAGGACAGAAUUACCUCAUCCAAUCAAUGCUGCUUCCUGAGGUCAAAGGGCCCAUCCUGCCUUCAGACUGGCCGUUCUUUCCGCUUAUCAACCUCUACAACAAAGUGACUAAUGCAGAGACACGUGGGGCUGUGCUGAACUCUCUCCCACUUGAUCUCGUCAACACUGUGACCUGGAACCUGCAGUGGGUCUUGUUGCUAGAAACCUGGCGUGCUAAAACCCUUCAGAGCAUCCCUACUGCUGCCAAACUUGCACGGCUUAUGUGUGUCUUCCUCACAGGCAGUGACCUCUUUCUAGAAGCACAGGUCCACCACUACACAGCUGCCCUUCUCUCUGUGUAUUGCCAACCCAAGGCAUUGGACUCCCUGAACUUGGAUGCUCCUCUCCCUGGUUUGGCAUCCUUCCACGAUCUCUAUAUAAGUCUCCUGGAGCAGUUUGAAGGUGUCUCCUUUGGAGAUCCACUCUUUGGAGUCUUUGUUCUUCUACCUCUGCAGAAGCGUUUCAGUGUUCAUCUGCGUCUCUCUGUUUUUGGGGAGCACACAAGUAUCCUGAAGGCACUGGGAGUGCCACUGCAGCAGUUUCCUGUGCCUCUGGAGCGAUACACUUCCCCUCCUGAGGGUAACCUGAACCUCCUGCGACUCUACUUCCGAACACUGGUCACUGGUGCACUGCGCCACACCUGGUGCCCUGUUCUUUAUGCGGUGGCUGUGGCUCAUGUGAACAGCUUUAUUUUCUCCCAAGACAGCACCACGCAGGAGACUGAUGCUGCUCGGAAAAGCAUGCUGCGGAAGACAUGGCUGUUGGUGGAUGAGACCUUGAAAAAGCACCUACUGUACUACAGACUACUGAAUGCAGAGAGCCCUUUGGGAUUUGACCUUUAUGAGCAGCUCCCUCCCAUGCGACUGAAGUACCUGCAGAUGGUGACACAGAAAGAAAAGGAGAAUGCACCAGUGCUAGUCUCAUAGCAAAACACUUGUGCAAGAAGAGGGCCAAGAUGAAGAAUGGAGGAGCUCAGUUUAUGCUUCAGUGAUGAAACUACGUGCACGUCAAACAGUUUCAGUGUCCUGCCUGGACACUCUUGGCUUCUUCACAAAGUGAAGCACUAGUACAAUGCUGCCAGCCCUGCAGAACAAUACACGUCUUCUCAAGAUACAACAAUAUGUGUGCGUGGCCUAUCCAUGACGAAUGCUGGAGCGUUUUCUUGGAUUGUCUUUCAGGUUGUUCUGCU